ACUGGGAUGCAAUUCAAUAUCAUGAAGCGUGGAAAGAUAGUAAUUUGGGUCUAGAUAAAGCAGUUGUAACAAGAAGUUUUUGCAAACAAAUACAGAAGAUAAAAGAAAAUGGCACAGAAGAGGAAAGGAAAAAUGCGAUACGUCUCGAAAAUCAAUUCAAGCUACCCAUGGAACUACGCCUUCACAUGGUUACGGACUACGUUUCCGCUACUACAGCUACCCAUGGAACUACGUCUUCGCAUGCUACCCAUGGAACUACGUCUUCGCAUGGUUAUGGACUAC